CCCAAUGUGAGUCCAUGAGGAGACAAGCAGCCAUAUUGUGAGGCUGUCAGAGGCAGAGCAGACAUUCCCUCCAUCCUCCCUCCCUCUCUCCUUCCCUCCUCCUCUUUCUUCUUCCUCCCCAGGGAGACUGCGCGGCCCCAGCCCACACAGCCCUGACAUCCUCCCGAGCUGCCUGAGUAACGGAGCCCGCUGGAGGCGGAGGAGGUGAGCCCAGCCCGGGAGCCCAGGCCUCUGGCAGAUGUGCCAAACAUAUGCCUCAAUCCCUGACACGUGAAGACAACUGCUCAGCUUGUCUGAGUGUGACAAGGAAAGGGAAGGGGGAGAAUUAAAUGCUGUGCGCACACCAAACAAAAAGUUUUGAUGAUCAAAGAAGGAAAGAGAGGAUAAUCGUUUGCAGAAGCAGAAGACAAACAGCAGGAAAGAUGCCGAAACCGAUCAAUGUACGGGUCACCACCAUGGAUGCAGAGCUGGAAUUUGCCAUCCAACCAAAUACAACCGGCAAACAGUUGUUUGAUCAGGUGGUGAAAACAGUCGGCCUCCGUGAAGUGUGGUUCUUUGGCCUUCAGUAUGUGGACAGCAAGGGUUACUCCACAUGGCUAAAGCUGAACAAAAAGGUAACCCAUCAAGAUGUUCGAAAAGAAAACCCUCUUCAGUUUAAAUUCCGAGCCAAGUUUUUCCCCGAGGAUGUCUCGGAAGAGUUAAUUCAGGACAUCACCCAGAGACUUUUCUUUCUGCAAGUUAAAGAAGCUAUAUUAAAUGAUGAAAUUUACUGUCCCCCGGAGACAGCUGUCCUACUGGCCUCCUAUGCUGUUCAAGCCAAAUAUGGAGAUUACACCAAGGAAGUCCACAAGCCAGGAUACCUGGCCAAUGACCGGCUACUUCCCCAGCGUGUUCUGGAACAACAUAAACUGACAAAGGAACAAUGGGAAGAGCGAAUACAGACCUGGCAUGAAGAACACAGGAGCAUGUUGAGGGAAGAUUCUAUGAUGGAAUAUUUGAAAAUUGCUCAGGAUCUGGAGAUGUACGGUGUCAACUAUUUUGAAAUAAAGAACAAAAAGGGAACAGAGCUUUGGCUUGGAGUUGAUGCAUUAGGUCUGAAUAUUUAUGAGCAUGAUGACAAGUUAACACCUAAAAUUGGCUUCCCUUGGAGUGAAAUCAGGAACAUUUCCUUUAAUGACAAAAAGUUUGUUAUAAAACCAAUCGACAAAAAGGCUCCGGACUUUGUAUUUUACGCACCUCGGUUAAGAAUCAAUAAGCGCAUCCUGGCUCUGUGCAUGGGAAAUCACGAGCUCUACAUGCGGAGGAGGAAGCCGGACACCAUUGAAGUUCAGCAGAUGAAGGCUCAGGCCAGGGAGGAGAAGCACCAGAAGCAGUUGGAGAGAGCCCAGCUAGAGAAUGAGAAAAAGAAACGGGAAAUAGCCGAGAAGGAGAAAGAGAGAAUAGAACGUGAAAAGGACGAACUGAUUGAACGCCUCCGGCAAAUUGAAGAGCAGACGCUAAAAGCACAAAAAGAACUAGAAGAACAAACCAGAAAAGCUUUAGAAUUGGAUCAAGAGCGGAAAAGGGCAAGAGAUGAGGCGGAGCGCUUGGAGAAGGAAAGGCGUUCUGCAGAGGAAGCUAAGGCAGCGCUGGCGAAGCAAGCUGCAGACCAAAUGAAGAAUCAAGAACAGCUGGCAGCUGAACUUGCAGAAUUUACUGCCAAGAUUGCUUUGUUGGAAGAGGCGAAGAAGAAGAAAGAAGAAGAAGCUACUGAGUGGCAGCAAAAGGCAUAUUCUGCCCAGGAAGAUCUGGAAAAGACCAAAGAAGAACUUAAAAUAGUAAUGUCUGCUCCACCUCCUCCACCGCCUCCGCUUCAUCCACCACCUGCGGCUCCUGUUGAAAAUGAGCACGAUGAACAGGAUGAGAACAAUGCUGAGGCCAGUGCAGAGCUAUCUUCUGAGGGUGUGAUGAACCACAGGAGCGAAGAGGAGCGGCUAACAGAAACCCAGAAGAAUGAACGCGUCAAGAAACAACUUCAGGCUUUGAGUUCUGAGCUAGCUCAAGCAAGAGACGAAACCAAGAAGACACAAAACGAUGUUCUUCAUGCAGAGAACGUAAAAGCUGGCCGCGACAAGUACAAGACGCUCCGCCAGAUACGACAAGGCAACACAAAGCAGCGUAUUGACGAGUUUGAGGCAAUGUGAAAAUGUGCUCUGCUACUUGUCCUACAUAAUGCUGAACAACCAACAGAUGUAGAAAGUAGGCCUUUGCAGAAUUGAUGGAACGUGCCCCACCUUGCCAAAGCACUUGUACCAGUCUUACUGUGGAGGUUAAAAGUCAACGAAGACAUUAACAUUAUUUCAAAGUUCGCAUUUUCUGUAUGUUCUGAUUUUGAGUUUGUAACACCAUAUCAAUGUGUCGUCCAUAUUUUUGUUUCUGACUAUUUUUUGGGAAAGGUAGGCAUUCACUACUAAAGCUUUUACUUUGCGUUUUGGAAAAACAUGUCUAAUGUAAUACUGAGAACUGACGUGAAUUGGCAUGUUCUGAAUUUGGAUUAUUUAGUAGGCUGCAAAGCUAGGAUGUGGAUUAUGUACGUUAUUCUGUUUAACAUGGGGUUUGUUUAUAAUGUAAUGUCGGUCAUAUUCAUUUGGUUUUCUUGCCUAUCUCCUUUGAAAGGUCUAGUUCAAUUGAAAAGUAUAACUUGACUUGGAACACUGGGGCACCAAAUUGAUCACAUACGAUAUGUAUCUAAAUCAGCAGGUACAGGAUGUCUUAUCUGUUAGUUUGAAAUGGCUAUUGAUAUUGCCACAAUGUCAUACUACCAGCUAGCCAUUUCUAGGUAAAGUCGGCAAGGACUCCCAAAAAGAGUGUUGCCUCCUACUACCUCAUAUAGACAAGAUAUCAGGUUCUCCUGAUAAAGUCAAUCCUUUAUUUUAUUUAACAAGGCACUAGUUAUUUUGAUUGUUCCCUCUUUUUAUUUUACUGCUACUGCUACUUCUUAUAUUUAAUUUGACUGCUACUGCUUAUAUCCUUGUGGCCGUAGUUACUACAUUUAGAACUGAGGGACUCCAAGCUGUAUUUGAGCAGGCGGAUGCCUUUCUAAACCCCUGUUAAAAAUAAUUAAUCCCUGAAAAGGCGUUGCGUUCUUACUUUAUACAUUGCUAUAUUUCUCAUUCAUCUACUUAAUCAUGCUAUAUUGUAUUAUCAUAUAUAUUUAUAAACAAAAAUUGUGUUUUAUAUGUUGCAUAUAAUUCAGAAUUGGGGGAACUCGUAUAUUAAGACUACAACAACAUUCAGAUUGGUGUUAUAAGUUACUAGAUAGCACUCACAAAUGAAAAUUCUAUUAUAGAUUCUAUUUACCAAGUUUUGUUCAUAUAGUGUAAGCCAGGAUAGUGGACAUAAGCUAAAAAACAA